AAAGGCCUUAUUGAGCCCUGAUAGGCUUGCUGGGGAUAAAACCUGGAGCUUGGGAGAGGAGAGCGACAUUUUGGAGCAAGAUGGCAAGAGGGACGGCGGCCACAUACCUGCAUGGAGUCCUUCUCCUGGCUCUGCUGAAACCUUCACUGCAAGGAGGUGUAUACAUACCAGCUGGUGGUGCUGCAGGAGGAGCUGGAACUGGUAUCGGAGCUGGUGCAGGACCUGGAACUGGAUUUGGACCAGGUGGGACUGGAACAGGUUUUGGCCCUGGAGGAGCUGGGACUGGAUUUCAGCCUGGUGGAGGAGUUGGACCAGGAGGUGCUGGCGGAGGUUUAGGAGGAUUUGGACCAGGAGCUGGUGGAGGUGGCUACGGUGGUCAAGGACCAGGAGGUGUCGGACCAGGAGGUGUCAGACCAGGAGGAGUCGGACCUGGAGGAGUCGUACCAGGAGGUGUCGGACCAGGAGGUGUCGGACCAGGAGGUGUUGGACCAGGUGGUGUCGGACCUGGAGGAGUCGUACCUGGAGGUGUCGGACCAGGAGGAGUUGGACCUGGAGGGUUCAGGCCCAGCACCUUUGGUCCAGGCAGUGGUGGACUUGGAGUUGUACCUGGAGGAGUUGGGGCUGGUGUAAAGCCGCCAAAAACAGGGGGUGGCUACGGCACUCGUGGGGCAGGACUGGGAGCUGGAGGUGUAGGAGGAGGACUGGGACCGGGCGGAGUAGGGUCAGGUGGUUUUGGACCAGGUGGUGUUGGACCUGGAGGCUAUGGAACCAGACCUGGAGGAGUUGGUCCCAGUGGUUUUGGACCAGGACACACUGGUCCUGGUGGUCAAGGGACAGGAUAUGGAGGCCUUGGAGCAGGGGGAGUGGGUGGAGGGACCCUUGGAGCAGGAGGCACUGGGACUGGUGGAGGUCUGGGAGCUGGAACAGGCGUCACCCCUGGGGGUGGAUAUGGAGGUGGUUAUGGACCAGGUGGUGUGAUUCAAUACCCAGGAACUGGUCCCAAACCUCCCAAAACAGGCGGUGUUGAAACAUCACUUGGAGGAACAGGUUAUGGGCCAGGUGGAGCAGGGUUUGGGCCUGGUGGAGCAGGGUUUGGGCCUGGUGGAGCAGGAUUUGGUCCAGGUGGUGCAGGAGUUGGGCCUGGUGGAGCAGGAUUUGGGCCUGGUGGAGCAGGAUUUGGGCCUGGUGGUGCAGGAGUUGGGCCAGGUGGAGCAGGAUUUGGGCCUGGUGGUGCAGGAGUUGGGCCAGGUGGAGCAGGAUUUGGGCCUGGUGGUGCAGGAGUUGGGCCAGGUGGAGCAGGAUUUGGGCCUGGUGGUGCAGGAGUUGGGCCAGGUGGAGCAGGAUUUGGGCCUGGUGGUGCAGGAGUUGGGCCAGGUGGAGCAGGAUUUGGGCCAGGUGGAGCAGGAGUGGGGCCUGGAGGUGCAGGAUUUGGGCCUGGUGGUGCAGGAUUUGGGCCUGGUGGUGCAGGAGUUGGGCCUGGUGGUGCAGGAGUUGGGCCAGGUGGAGUGAGUCCAGGUGGAGCUGCUGUGCCUGGUGGAGCUCCGCUGCUCCCACAGACUGGUACUACAGGGGGAGGACCAGGAGGAAAGAGUGGUGGAAAAGCAUCAAAACAAGUUCCAGGUAUUGGAGUGCCUGGACUCUAUCAAGGUGGAUUUGUACCAGGACAAGGUUUUGGAGGCCGUGGUGUUCUCCCUGGAGUGGCCACAGGAUCUGGACUUGGUCCUCAGACUGGGACCGGCGUACUCGGUCAGGGGGGUGUUGGAACAGGAGGAGCAGGCAAUGGCCGUGGACAGCAGCUGCCUGGGGUUUUUCGUGGAUACCCUCUCAUAUCACCAAAAUCAGGUGCAGGAAAAUCAAAGAAUCCAGCCAAAAUUGCAGCUAAAUAUGGUGGAGCUGGCAGACUUGGUCAGGGAGGAACUUUGGGUGGUGGGGCUGGAAGAGAAGGUGUAGGGGGUACCCCUGGAUUUGGAGGCGGAGUUGGAACAGGCGGUGGACCAGGAGCUGUACCUGGAUUUGGAGGCGGAGUUGGAACAGGCGGCGGGCCGGGAUUAGUACCUGGAUUUGGAGGCGGAGUUGGAACAGGCGGCGGGCCGGGAUCAGUACCUGGAUUUGGAGGCGGAGCAGGAACAGGAGGCGGGCCUGGUUUAGGUUAUGGACCUGGCUCAGCCAAAGCACGCAAAUAUGGCAGUGGAGGCACUGGAGUAGCUGGAGGCCUUGGAGCUGGUGUUGGUCUUGGCACAGCAGGAGGACCUGGUGGUUUUGGUCCAGGUGGUGCUGGCACUGGCGCAGCUGGAGGCCUGGGAGGCGGAAGACAGGGAGGAGGAGUUGGCCCUGGCACGGGUGUGGGACCUGGCUCUGGGGUUGGUUUUGGUCCAGGUGGUGCGGGCACUGGGCCAGGCGGUCUUGGCUACGGUCCUGGUGGUGCUGGCACUGGGCCAGGCGGUCUUGGCUAUGGUCCUGGUGGUGCUGGCCUUGGAACAGGAGGCACAGGAACAGGGCCCGGAGGAUAUGAUGCCAGUGCCAAAGCCCGUAAAUAUGGCAUGUUAAGUGGAGCACUUGGAGGUCCAGGAAUAGGUACUGGAGGAGUCAGGCCUGGUGGUGCUGGAACUGGCUAUGGACCAGGUGGAGUUGGACCAAGUGGAGUUGGACCAGGCGGAGUAGGACCAGGUGGAGUAGGACCCGGUGGUGCUGGCACUGGCUAUGGACCAGGUGGAGUUGGACCCGGUGGUGCUGGAACUGGAUUUGGACCAGGUGGAGUUGGACCUGGUGGUGCUGGAACUGGCUAUGGACCAGGUGGAGUUGGACCCGGUGGUGCUGGAACUGGCUAUGGACCAGGUGGAGUUGGACCCGGUGGUGCUGGCACUGGCUAUGGACCAGGUGGAGUUGGACCCGGUGGUGCUGGAACUGGCUAUGGACCAGGUGGAGUUGGACCCGGUGGUGCUGGAACUGGCUAUGGACCAGGUGGAGUUGGACCCGGUGGUGCUGGAACUGGCUAUGGACCAGGUGGAGUUGGACCCGGUGGUGCUGGAACUGGCUAUGGACCAGGUGGAGUUGGACCUGGUGGUACUGGCACUGGCUAUGGACCAGGUGGAGUUGGACCUGGUGGUACUGGCACUGGCUAUGGACCUGGAGGUUAUGCUGGUGCCAAAGCCCGUAAAUAUGGUCUUCCUGGAGGUGCUGGAGGUGCCCUGGGUGCAGGAGGACUUGGGGGUGGGGUUGGGCCUGGUACUGGGCUCGGAGUAGGAGGAGGGUUUCCUGGACGAGGUGUUGGAGUAACAACUGGUGGUGGACCUGGAGCAGGAGUAGGGGUGGCUGGGACACCUGGUUCUGGUAUUGGAACAGGAGGUGGACCAGGUGGCUUUGGACCAGGCGGUGCUGGAGGAUAUCCUGGGGGACCCAAGUCUCUCAAAUAUGGGCUACCUGGUGGUGGCGGAGCCCCUGGAUCUGGUCUAGAUGGAAGAUUUGGUGGCCCAGCAGCAGGUGGUUAUGGUCCAGGGACUGGAGGAGCACUAGGGACUGGAAGAGGAUAUGGACCUGGUGGAUAUGGGCCUGUGGCUGGGACUGGUUAUGGACCAGGUGGAGGUUAUGGUUUAGGACCAGGUGCUGGAUAUGGAACAGGUUAUGGAGCUGGAUCAAAACUUGCUAAAUAUGGUCCCGGUGGAGCAGGUGCUGGUGGGGUACUUGGAGGUGGACUAGGACGAGGAGGUGGCUAUGGAACAGGAGGCUAUGGAACUGGCAGUGGAGGCUAUGGUACAGCUGGAUCUAAAGCUGCUAAAUACGGGCAACCUGGUGGAGUUGUUCCCGGGACAGGAGCAGGGACUGGUGUUGGAGUGAAUGGCACCAGCACUUUAACUGGUGCACGGGCAACAGCUAGACCAAGUGGAGGACCUGGAGCUACAGGAGGCACAGCAGCUCCAGCAUCAGAAGGUGAUGGUGGUGCUGGCAGUGUGAUAGAGGGGUCUGGGAGUCCUGGAGGAGAAGGAGUUACUGGUGUAGCUGGCAGACCAGUAGGUGCAGGAGGUGAUAGAGAUGUCCUGGGUGGAACAGGGAUCCCCAUCAUUGGAGCAAAACCAGGACUCAAUGGGACCACAGUCCCAGGUUCCACAGGAGCUUCCCCUGUUGGUGGUGGGGCUGUACAACCAAGUGCUGGGACCGGAGUUGGUGGUACAAGAGUUCCCCCUGGAGGCUCUGGUGGUGAUGUCUCAAAUGGAGCAUUGCCUGGCGCCAAACCUCUCAAACCCCCAGGUGUCCCUCGAGGUGACACACCAGGUGAAGGAGAUGGAGAAGAUGGCCCCGAUGGAGAGAGAGGUGGUACAGGAGGCACAGGUGGAGGGCCAGGAGGAGUAGGAGGGGGACCUACCAGAGCAGGACCAGCAGGAGGUGUUUCUGGUGGUGCAACAGCAGUAGGAAGAGGAGACGGUCCUGCUACUGGAACUGGACUUGGAUCAGGAGGUGCAGCUGGUGGAGUAGGAGGAACACCAAAACCACCCAAAGAUGGGACUGUCGCAGGAGGUGUAAGCGCAGGACCUGGUGGAGCUGGUGGACUUGCAGGAGGAGUUGGGUCAGCUGGACGAGGUCCUGGAGGAGCAGGCCUGGUACCUGGGGCUGGUGGAGUAGGAACAGGAUUCGCAAAACCUGGAAAAAGCUAUGGUGCUUUUGGAGCUGGAGUUUCACCAGGCGGAGGCAUACGUUACCCAACAGGAGCUGGAGUAGGACAAGGAACAGGAAAACCAGGCAAAGCAUAUGGAACUCUCGGAGUAGGAGGACAGGGUGGGUUUGGACCUGGCGGAUAUGGAGCUGGUCCUGGUGGCUUUGGUACUGGUCCGGGAGGUUACGGAGUGGGACCCGGAGGUUACGGGGCUGGCCCAGGUGGUUAUGGAGCUGGACCUGGAGGCUAUGGAGGCACAACUGGAAGCAGAGGCAUCGGUGGUGGUCCUGGGGGUGUUGGGACUCUUGGAGUUGGAACUGGUCCAGGAGGUGUAGGUCCUGGCGGAGUUGGUGGCGGACUGGGUGGAUACGGUGGUGGUGUGGGGCCUGAUGGUUCUAGAUAUGGUACAGGUCCAGGACGGGGCACUGGGACUGGUGCUGGCAAACCACCAAAAAGUUAUGGAGCAGGAGCUGGUGGUACUGGUGUUGGACCUGGUGGCUAUGGCACUGGACCAGGUGGAGCUGGUUCUGGUCCAGGAGGUUUUGGACCAGGUGGCUUUGUGCCAGGCGGCCCUGGUGCUGGUACUUAUGGACCAGGUGGCACUGGUUCAGGUGGAUAUGGGGCCGGCACUGGAACUAGACCUGGUGGCUUUGGACCAGGUGGUGCCGGAACAGGAACAGGAGGCUUCGGAACAGGUGGUGCCGGAAUAGGAACAGGAGGCUUCGGACCAGGUGGUGUCGGAACAGGAACAGGAGCCUUCGGACCAGGUGGUGCCGGAACAGGAGGCUUCGGACCAGGUGGGGCUGGAACAGGAGGCUUCGGACCAGGUGGGGCUGGAACAGGAGGCUUCGGACCAGGUGGGGCUGGAACAGGAGGCUUUGGACCAGGUGGUGCCGGGGCUCAAGGACUGGGGACAAGAAAACCACCCAAAUCAGGUUAUGGAUCAUCCUCACUGGGUGGAGCUGGCUUUGGACCAGGUGCAGGAGUUGGACCUGGUGGAACAGGUACCGGACCUGGCAGAUAUGGGCCGGGUGGCUUCGGACCAGGUGGUACUGGCGUUGGAACGGGAGGCUUUGGACCAGGUGGUACUGGCGUAGGAACAGGAGGCUUUGGACCAGGGGGUGCUGGCACAGGAACAGGUGGCUUUGGACCAGGUGGUGCUGGAGUAGGAGGGUUUGGACCUGGUGGUGCUGGAACAGGAACAGGAUUUGGACCAGGAAGUCAAGGAUCAGGAAAAAGAAAACCGUCUAAAUCCGGUUAUGGAACUGGUUAUGGUUCAGGAAGCUUAGGAGGAGUUGCAGGAACUGGCACUGGUGGAGCUGGAGCUAGAACUGGCGGCUUUGGUCCAGGAGGAGCUGGAACAGGUGGCUUCGGUCCAGGAGGAGCUGGAACGGGUGGCUUCGGUCCAGGAACUGGCGGUUUCGGUCCAGGAGGAGCUGGGACUGGCGGUUUCGGUCCAGGAGGAGCUGGGCGUGGUGGCUUCGGUCCAGGAGGAGCUGGAACGGGUGGCUUCGGUCCAGGAGGAGCUGGAACGGGUGGCUUCGGUCCAGAAACUGGCGGUUUCGGUCCAGGAGGAGCUGGGACUGGCGGUUUCGGUCCAGGAGGAGCUGGGACUGGUGGCUUCGGUCCAGGAGGAGCUGGGACUGGCGGUUUCGGUCCAGGAGGAGCUGGGACUGGCGGUUUCGGUCCAGGAGGUGCUGGAACUGGCAGUUUCGGUCCAGGAGGUGCUGGUGGAUAUGGACCUGGUGGCCAAACAAGAAAGCCUCCUAAAUCAGGUUAUGGCUCAUCGUUAGGUGGCACUGGCUAUGGACCAGGUGGUGUAGCAGGAGGCCUUCCUAGUACUGGAACAGUAGGAAUCAGUGGAGGCGGUCCAGGUGGUGUAGGAGGGCAGGCAGGAGGCCCUGGAGGACCAGGCCAGGGAGUAGGAGGAGGACCAGGUGGCUUACCAGCAGGGGGUGCUGGCCCUGGUUUUGGAGGGGUGGCUGGUGGAGGCUAUCCAGGAUUUGCAGGGGCUGGGCAAAAAUCCAAGGCACAGAAGGCAGCCAAAUAUGCAGCCCUGCAGGCCCUACUUGGAUCUGGGGGCUACAGAGGUGCUGGCUGUCAGGGUAAAUUCUGUGGCCGAAGGAGGAAGUGAGCCACCAACAGACAUGAAGUGACCUCAUCAAUACAACAGUGGUGCUAUUGCAUGAUCCCAAACUGUAAAUGUCUUAUCUGCCAUGGAAGCUAAAGCUUCAACACAUUCCAAGUGUUACAUUUUUAUUUGCUUAGAUGUUGUACAAGGCUUACUGAGUAAGAAAAAUGGUUCUCAACCUGUUAGAAUCCUGAUUCCUGAAAGCAAGAUGCUGCAGACUGCUAUGCAGAUUGGAGGAUUUGUCACUGUCACAUUGAUUUUUUGGGGGGAUAAUUUGCAAAUUUGGCUUUGGUCAGAUAUAAAGUAUUCACAGUUUCUCAAGAAAAAACACAAAUUAGAGUCUGAAUUUCAAGAAUUAAGUUUCAAGAGUGACAAUAGGCUUGUUUAAGAUGGGACAAACUUGCGCUGAAUUGAUCAACACAGAUUGCUGCAUAAUGGAUGCUAGUUAUAUUUCCAUAUUGAUUCCAACUUGUUUUGAUGUCAGAAUGACACAGGCAAUAACAGCAUCAUGAGAUCAUGACAGAAAACAUCUGGCUUUCACCUGCUCCAUUAGCUGAUUGGUUCUAAUGUCGAGUCUACAAUAUGAAAUUUGAUAAUGAUAAGUUACAAGAGCGUUCAUGUAAAAAUGGAGGCUGAACCAAGAACAGAGGUUACAGAUGCCCUGUCAUAAUUAAAACUAUUUAAUGAAUCAACUAGUUUCUGUAACUUCCUGCUUUGACUGAAAGCUGCUGGAAACUGUCUUGACUGCUGACUUUUAACACUACCCCGUGCUGUUGCUAUCUGUUCCUGACUUCUGUUAGAACCGCAGUUGAUCUCAAAUGAGUCUAUUAUUCCAUCAGCAACACAACAACCAGCAAACUGGACACAAUGGAAUUCUUCAAGCUCUAGUUCUAAUUUGUUAACAUUUCUUAUAGUCCUAAUAUUCCCCAAUGAAUCACUUUGUAAGUCUCUGGGGAUCUUGACUACCAGGCUGAGAACCACUAAAAUGAAGGAUCUGUAUUUCUUUUUAUCAGUGAGGCCAACCUGCUCUAUACUACAGUUAUUGUUUUCUAUUGCUGCGUUGAAUAUCAUUUGUGUUCCAAUGCAAGUAUCACCAUGAAACCUCUGGGUUGAGACUGAUACCAAGGACUCCCUCAGGGCAGCUCCUUCAGACCUGUCUGCAUGCUGACACAAGGUUUAUGAAAAACGUCUCCAAGGCAACAUUUUUGUCCAGUUAGACUGGGUCGUUCUUUUGUCUACAGAUUUUAAAAUGUGCUAAUUCACUGUUUUUAGCUUGUACAUCAGUAGACGCUCUUGUGUAAUCUAUCAGCAAUGUGUAAUGACCAAGAAACAGAUGGCUGCUGUUCUGUGGAAUGAUGAACAAAAGAGACACUCAGUGGAGUCUUCUGUGGUUUGGUGUUUUGACUGGUCAUUAUCUCAUCCUUAAAAAGCAGCCUCUGUUCAUGUCAACUGUACUCAGGCCUCAGUAGUAUCAACCGUGGAGGCCUAAAAGUAUUUUGCUAACACUGGUGAGAUUCUUCCACUCUGUUCACAACAUUAAAGACACUGUUUUAUAGCUACGUAACACUAAGUGGUAAUAGUGUAAAGUUUUGGUUAACCUCCAUUUUGCUUUCAUUGUUAGAAGGAGAUAUUUGUUAUGAUAUAAUGAUGUGGCUUAGUUUUAGCUUUUACAUUUGCUGUUGAGGAAAGCAUUCAAGCUAAAUGUGAGGUAAUAUGACAAGAAUACAUGAGGAGUACUGAUUACUGUUUUUUUUUUUCUUUUGAUGUACCUCCUUUAACACUGUUGAAAAUUUGUUCACGUUUACCAGACUUUUUAAAUUAUGCUGGAUAAUAGGGAUCUAUUUAGUCUUAUUUUACAAAUUCAAGAGCAUUAAUACAGUAUUAAAUAUUUCAGCUAGUUAUUUUGUGUGUGAGUGUUUCAACAGUUAUUAAACGUGUGUACUACUAUGAUGAUAGAAGUGCUUUGUUUUCUACAUUGUCCUUGAAUGUGUGUUGAAUCACAAUGUAGUCUGUGAGGUCAUUAGGAUAAAAAAGUAUAACUGAAUCUUAUCUUGCAUUUGAGCUUAUGUUUGUGUUUAUCAUGCGGCUCAACAUGUGUUUUUAAUGUAUUUUUUAUGUGGCCUAUGAAGAAAAUAAUGCACUUUUGUACACUUUCUGACUAUGCUCUCUGAAGUAAAGAGAUGACCAAUGACA